CUAUGGCUAGAUCUUUGACCGUCCAUUAUUUUGCUAUUCUCUUGCUGUUCGAAAUUGCACAAUUAUGCUUGUGUGAAAAUUCAAGUGCGAUAUGCUUAGAACAAGAGAGGCAAGCUCUUCUAAAGUUCAAAGCUACAAUCAUUGAUCCAGCAAAUAGGCUUUCUUCUUGGAAUUCCAAUGAUUGUUGUUAUUGGGAUGGUGUGGCUUGUGACAAUCUUACUGGCCAUGUUCUCAAGCUUGACCUGAAUCCAUGUGAUUUGUGUGACUUUAGCCAACUAGUUCUUGAAGCUUCACACGUUGAACCAUCUCUCAUGCAACUAGAGCGCUUGAGUUACUUGGAUCUGAGUCAUAAUCAAUUUCAUGCCUCUUCGAUUCCUACCUUCUUUGCUUCUAUGCAUCAGCUAAGAUAUCUCUCCCUUUCUAAUGCUAAUUUCAGUGGGAAGAUUCCUUAUAGUCUCAGAAAUCUCACCAACCUACUAAUCCAUCUCGAUCUCAGCUACAAUGAUUUCCAUCUCAAUGACAUGAGUUGGGUUUCUGGGCUUCAAUCACUGCAACAUCUUGACCUGAGGGUCGUUGACCUCGGAAAAGCACAUGAUUUAUUCCAGGUACUUUACAUGCUUCCUUCUUUAUCACAUCUGUAUUUAGCUCAAUGUGGAAUUCACACCUUGAUCCCUUUUCACCACUCUCUUAAUUUCUCCUAUCCUCGAAAGGUUCAAGUGUUGUAUCUUACAGACAAUGCAAUAGAUAGUCAUAGUCUUGAUGUUGUUCAAAACAUGACUUCUAUUAGACUCCUUGACCUUUCUUUCAACGCUAUCAAUUCAUUGCCCAUGUGGUUGAGUAAAUUUGAUAGCCUUGUGGAACUAAAUGUUGCUCAAAAUUCACUUCUUGGCCCAUUUCCUCUUGCUCUUCAAAACUUAUCUUCCUUAAGAGUGCUUGACCUUUCUUCAAACAGUCUUACAAGUUCUGUUCCAUCGUGGUUAAGUGAGCUAAACAACCUUCACAACCUAUCUCUUGCCUCAAAUAAUCUCACUACUUUAGAAUCUCCUCUAUCAUUGAUUCUAAGGAACAUGUGCCGUUUAAGAACUUUAGAUCUCUCAAAUAACAAGUUUCAAGGAGCAGCAUUUGGAAGGUAUGGAUUAUCUGGGUGCAUCAAGUAUGAUUUAGAGCAACUUGAUUUGAGCUACAACAAAUUUAAUGACAGUUUACCUAGCUGGUUGGGGAAACUUGAAAAUCUAAGAGAUCUUCAUAUAUCAAUAACCUCAAUCUAUGGUCCCAUUCCCUUUUCCGUGGGAAGAUUGUCACGCUUGACAAGACUUGAUCUUGUUAACAAUCGCUUGAAUGGAUCAAUUCCCAAUAGUCUGGCACAGCUUGUGAACCUAACUUACUUGCGACUUUCUGGCAAUCAAUUGGAAGGGGCUAUCCCAAAUAAUCUUGCACAACUUGUGAACUUGCAAUUACUUGAUCUUUCAAAUAAUCACAUCAAAGGCAUCAUUCCACAGAGUCUUGGUCAACUUGUACAUCUGGAAUACCUUGCUCUUGCCAAAAAUGAUUUACAUGGAAACAUUCCGAACACUUUCAGUCAACUUGUGAAGCUGGUUCAACUAGAUCUUUCUUCAAACAAUUUGACGGGAGACAUUUCUAAUAUAAAAGAAUGGCCUUCAUUUGAGCAACUCAAAAUCUUGAAUCUCUAUGGCAACCAAAUUACUGGAUCAUUGCCUGACAGCAUUUUUGAUAUAAUGCCUAACUUGGAGUAUUUGCUUCUUGGAAAUAACUUUAUAAAUGGUUCAAUACCAAACUCCUUGUGCAAGAUUAACACCUUGUAUCAACUUGAUCUCUCGAAGAAUCAAUUUUCUGGAGAAAUUCCAGAUUGUUGGAGGGAUAAUCAACAAUGGGAUGAAAUAAACUUGUCAUCGAACAAACUAUCAGGUGGCUUUCCAAGCACAUUUUGUAACCUUUCCUCAUUGUUGUGGUUGCAUUUGAACAAUAAUAGCCUUCAAGGGAAGCUUCCUCUCUCACUGAAGAAUUUAAAGCAAUUGUUAAUUCUGGAUGUUGGUGACAAUCAACUUGUCGGAAGUAUACCACCAUGGACUGAGAACACUUUUUCAUCAUUGAAAAUUCUCAGACUACGACAAAAUAAGUUGAGUGGAAGCAUUCCUUCACAGAUUUGUCAACUCACAUCCCUCCAAAUCCUGGACCUUGCUUGUAACAACUUGACAGGUUCAAUACCUGAUUGUAUCAGCAAUCUUAAAGGAAUGACUAAACCCUACUUGUCUAAUGAAGCGAGAUUAAAAUUUGAUUUUAAUGUUCUUAAAAUUAACUUCGUCGACGAGUGGCUUACUAAGAAUGUUGAGCAAGUUAUGAAGGGCACAGUUCUUGACUAUGUCAGGAUCCUGAAGUUUGUAGUGAAUUUGGAUUUGUCUAGCAACAAUUUGGUAGGAUCUGUUCCUGAAGGAAUAACUCAACUGAUAGGAUUGCUUGGCUUAAAUCUCUCACACAACCAUUUGAAAGGAGAGAUUCCUCAAAGAAUGGGAGAUAUUAUAUCACUCGAAUCGUUUGAUAUCUCUUGGAAUCACUUUUCUGGCAGGAUUCCUGAUAGUGUGUCUAGUCUAACAUUUUUAAGCUACUUAAACAUGUCGUACAACAAUCUCUCAGGAUCAAUUCCAACAGGAAACCAGAUUUCAACUUUGAAUCACCAAUAUGAUUAUUCUAUGUAUGUCGGCAACCCUUAUCUUUGUGGAGUUCCACUUCUGAACAAGUGUCCUGGUGGUAAUGAUGAUCAAGUUCAUGAAAGCAAAGACUCUGAAGACGAAAAUGAUUCUGAAAAAGUGUGGUUUUACUUUGUAGUAGCAGUUGGCUUUGCUACUGGCUUUUGGGUUGUCAUUGGAACUUUAGUUUUGAAGAAAAGCUGGAGAUAUGCUUGCUUCCAAAGAGUGGAUGAUGUUGCAGAUGAAAUACAUGUGACCUAUGUACUUAAACUAGCAAAGCUAAGGAGAAUGUGCAGAAAUCGUGCUGAUUGUUUGACCUUGUCAUAAUGUCUGGUUCCUUUAUUAUUUUAUGUCUCUUAUGUUUUAACUUGUACGUUGAAGUUGGGAAAACGUGCCUUGUUACUUAAUGUAAUCUUUGUUCGUCAUGCAUUUAUAUACACGUGUGCAUUCUCUGUUAUAUAUAACUGGAAUUAGUUUC